AUGGCCAUGGAGGCAUUUGCAGUCCCAGACGAUGUCGAGCUUACGCUUGAUCUAAGAUAUAGAACGGUGAUAAUUGAAAUUGAUGACCAAUUAGUGAAUUCUUGGCAUAAGGCAGUGGACCUCAUGGAUCAUUAUAAACACUCUAGAGCUUCACGUGGAUUCCAUGCUACCGGCGUGAAGAGGAUGUCAGGGCACGGCCAUGAUGAGCCAUACUACCUCCACGCCAAGCACAUGUACAACUUGCACAGGAUGAAGCAUCAGAAGCUGACUGCAUGGACUUCAGUGCUGGGAGCCGCUGUGGAGAAACCCUGCAGUGUGAUCCAAUUCUUGUUUGCGUUCCUCUUGGCACCUGUUGACGCCUCUUUUGCACUUUGCAUCUCUUUAUAUGCUGUCAGAUAA